AAGACUUUUUAGCCGAACCGGCAAAAGCGAACGCCAAGCCGACCAAGGAAGAACGAAAAAGGAGCGACUCGAUGACCAGUUUGACCACGGACGGCGGACCCUUUGACCACGGACGGCGAACCCUUCACGCUUGGCCGCCUGCGGCCUGCUGCGCUGGCAGUAGUGCCCUGCCCGGCUGCCCCUUUGGCCUUCCCGGCUUUCACCCCUAGGACCCGUUUAGGUUUCAGGUAUGACGAUUCAGUCGAUUGUGCAAGCUGGACCAAAGACCAUAACACAGCUCUUGGACCAUUUCACUGAAAUAAAGAAUCUAAGAGUUGUUAGGGCAAUUCAUGCUCACCUGCUCAUAACAGGGGUAAUAUCUUUCACUCCCACUCUCCAGACCAAGAUUGUAUUUGCGUACACCACAAGCCUUCCUCCGAAAAGCAACCUCCUUCUCUGGACCUUAACCGAUUCUUUGAGAACCCUUAAUAUCAGAAAUCCUUUAAUCUUUAAUUCCAUUAUCUCCGGCUUUUGCGAACACGGCUAUCAUUCACUUGCUUUGCAGACCUUUUCUUUCAUGCACUCAAAUGGUGUUUACAUAGACUCAUACGCGUUGUGUAGCUCCAUAACUUCUGCCUCUUGCACCCAAAAUCUCGAAUUUGGUGAAAAAGCUCACACCUUUACGGAAAAGUCAGGUUGGUUUUCUAGUGUGUAUGUCGCUUGUGCCAUGAUCGACUUAUACUCGAAAUUGCAAUGCAUCAGUAGUGCAGCUUCACUGUUCGACGAAAUUCCCACAAGAAACAGUGUGUGCGCUAAUGCACUUUUGUCCGGCUACACUGAGUGUAUGAUGUGGGAGGAGGCACUUGCAUUAGCCAGAAGGCUGCCUUGUUUAAAUUUAGAGAUGGAUAAUUUCACGUUUUCCGCAGUUUUACGUGCAUGUAUUGGGAUUUCUACAGUUGGAUUGGGAAUGCAGGUUCAUGGAUGUGCCAUUCGUAAAAUCCGUAAUUUGGAAACCGACGUAUUCCUACAAAGCUUGCUAAUUGAAAUGUAUGGAAAAUGUGGGCUCUUAGAAAAGGCUAGACAAGUCUUUAGAAUGACAGCGAGAAAUAGAGAUCUUGUUCUAUGGACUUCAAUGCUUGGUGUUCUUGGACGAAAUGGGAGUUAUGAACAAGUGAUAGCAGUGUUCACAGAAAUGGUAAGCAAGGGAAUUAAACCGGACGGUGUGUCUUUUUUGACAGUUAUCUCAGCUUGUAGCCACACUGGCCAAGUGAACCUUGGAAUGGAGUAUUUUGAAUCAAUGGCUUGUGAUUAUGGAUUAGAACAUAGUCCAGAGCACUACAGUUGUCUGAUCGAUUUGCUUUGUCGCGCAGGAGAGUUAGAAAAGGCAUGGAAAUUUGUAGAAGAGGUUUCCUCCAAAGUUAGUAGGGGUUUCACUGUUUCCACGUGGGGAGCAUUGCUUAAUGCCUGCAAUGAUAGUGGGAAUGUGGAAUUGGGUAAAUUUGCAGCUAAGAAGGCGAUUGAGUUGAAUCCUCAUAAUGAUGGGAUAUAUGUUCUGUUGUCCAACUUAUAUGCAAAGAACAGUAUGUGGAGUGAGAUUGAGGAAGUGAGAGAACACAUAAGAGGAAGGGGGCUAAAGAAGGAUAUUGGCUCUAGUUGGAUAGAUGUUGCGACUUGAAUUGCACUAGUUCUUUGUGCUAAGAAACCAUGACAUGUAAAUUAUGAAGGCCCCAAUUGGCGGCCUUUAUUGGCUUUUUCUUGCUUAUUACACUUGAGCAGAAUAUGAGUGUGUUUGGUAACACAGCAAUGGGCUGAAACGGCAAAUUGGGUGAAACUGUGAAAGUGCAUGAGUUGUGGCUGAAUUGGCUAAACAUGCCACAAAUUCCCAUAUACAUGAAUAUUAUUAUACCACAACAGCUUCAUUCAGCAAUUUCAUAUCACGAUAGCACCACCCUGUGUGCCUUGUAAAUCAUUGGCAUCACUGCAACAUUCCAAAGUCUAGAAGGGAAUACACAAAUGAUUAUUCGUAUUAGGACUGCUUCUUUACGCAACAAUUGGAUUUGUCUAGAGAUUGGGAGUUAAAGUAAAAGUAUUGCAUCAGUUUUUGACAUUUUUGGGAAGACUUGCUCCAGGGUUCUUUGUAAAAUCUCUCAUUUUCGCUGCAAGCUUUUGUGUAACCAUUUUUCAGUAGAGGUUGUGAUUAAGAAGAAAAUGGGUGCCCAAGUACUAGCUUCUAGAUGAUGCCUUUGGUAUAAUCAUAAGAAACUGUUGAACAUAUGGUCAUUAAUUGAGGGUAUGUUUUGAUCCUGGAAAUUGCUAGGUAACGAAUAUAGGGAAUAAAAUAUGGGGCAAAAUUUUAGGCAUCAGGGGAAAUAAAAUAUACAUUUAAACUCAAAGAAUUUAGUUGGAUUGUUCAUUUUAUAUUUUUAUUUAUUUCAUUCCA